AUGGUCAAGUUCUCUGUCCCAACCAAGGCCAGGCUGCCUUCUUCACUGCGCGUUGAUUCCUCAAACCCAGCCGUCAUAAAGAGCCUGGGCCGACUCUCCCGCGAAGCUCUCAUUUCCCUGGCCAUCAGCUGGCUUGAUGAAGAUACCAUAGUCAACGCAGUGCCGUAUCUGGAACGAAGGGAUGACGAAGAUGAAAUCGAUCCAGAUGAUAUUUACCCCCCGUGUGGGUCGGUCCAGGAGCUGUACGAGCUGUAUGUCGAGAUGCAGCAGCAAAAGGGAUCCAAGCGCGACGUGGCCAAUCGCAUACUGGAAGGCGAUUGGAGACACGGACUGUCACUGUAUCAACUAGCCAUGGUCGACUUUUACUAUCUGGAGGAGCAUCCAAUGUCACAGAAAUGGACGGCUUACAAAAUACUCCCGUUGAAACCCCCUACCAAAGAUGCCGACGACGAAAUCCUUCAAGUUGACGAUAAGGCGUUGAAUGUCCCCCGUUUCCAUCCUUCGACGUUUCUUCAGAGCCUUCAGGACCAAGUCUUGCCGGAUAUCAAGGCUCAUUACCAAUUCUAUCGACCAAAAGACCUCUCAGUUCUGCUGUUGCGCAUAUUCGUCAUUGAAUCUCCCUACAACAGUAGCAUGGCCCUGUCCGGCGUCACCGGCAGUGGAGGUGCCACCAACUUUACUUCGUCGCGGACGGUGUACCUAGCAUUUCCGGAUGGCUCCUCCCACAUUUACAUCACCAAAUCUCAAGCCAACGGCCCGGCUCCUGCAGGCGAAUCGAAAAGCCUCCAGAAUCUGAUUAUUCACGGCGUCCCAAAAGCAUUGUCUAGGCCAAGAGAACGAUACUCCCUAAAGCCAACGAGUCUUACGAGCAGAAACCUGGAAACUCUCCUGGACAAAAGGGGACCUGGGCGGGGAAAUGCAGCAGGAGGUGGUUGGAGCAUAUAUGCCUCUGACAAGAACAAAAAGUCACCCCUCGAUGCCAUUCUUCCUAGCCCUCCGCUUUCCAGAGACUCCUCCCUUGCUGACCAGAACCGCAAGAGGUUGAAACCGCUGAAUUCAGAUCAGCGGUCUGCUAAACGAGCCAGGCUGGUUGCCCAAGCGCGGUUUGGUGAUUCCGGCCUAAUGGCUGAUGGGAAAGGGAUUGAAAGGGUCGACGUUCUAAUCAAAGAUCCAUUCCCGACACCUUCUGCUGUGGAGAAUCAAGCAUCAGAAGAAGACCAGGCAACCGCUCCAAGCGAGACUUCAGUUUCAGCUCGGAGAAGGACGAUUGAUGCUGUGCUUCGUCAGGCUGCUGAUGGCGAUGACGAAGAAUUGAAUGAGCCAGGAAAUCCUUCACAGUGGCGCCCGACGGUGCAAAUCACGUUUCAAGGGAAUCAUGUUUUUGCUGGUAUCCGACAACUUGUUGAAGCCGGCAUUGUGGAUGGCGAGCGCAUGCCCGGUUGGAUGACAGGCGAAGAUGGCGUUACUGUGGGCGUUGUAAAGCAUGGACGGAUACGGGGCAAUAAGGGAUCGGGGCUGUGA